AUGACUACAGUAAUCUUUGCCAAUCACGUAUCAAACAUCGCAUUGCAGGCAUGUUCUUGGAAGAGAAGGAAUGACUGUUUUUUGUCAUCCUUGGGAGGACCUAUACUCAUUUUUUGUGCAGAGUUUCUGAAUUUCCUCACCAUUUUAAUGAUUCUUACAGGAUCGGCUUCACCAGUUACUGUUGCUGUAUCUUUUGAUGGGUCGAGAACAAUAGAAUUUAUCCCUUCAAUUUUUGAAAGUAAUUUCAUUACCUUUUUUCUGCACUUUGAACAGAGUAGAUCCAUGACCAAAAAAAAAAAAAAACCAGAGUAG